CCAAAUUUAAUAGCUGAAAAGACUUUCGUAUCCUUAGAGGAAUUUCCCGCCAUUAUGACAGAGCGGGAUCGCGCAUUGAGCUGUUAAAACCCUAACGACCCUCAAAAUUUCCUCUUUCUCUAUCCAAAAAUAUGGCGCCCUCGACAACGGUCAAAUCUGCCGAUUCACCGCCUUGUCCGGCCACGACGGACAUCACCGAGAACAAUCUUCAGCCAUUUUUUAUUCUGCACAAAGCGUCGUCGUCUCAUACAAAACCUAGCAAAAAAGCGAACAAAAUACCAAAAACCAGAAGGCGGAUCGAUUUAUCUCCAUCAGAAAUAAAGAAUGAGGAAAACUUAGACAGUGAGAAAUCUGAAAAUAACGAUGAUCAUGAAUUUGUCAAUAAAAGAAUGGAAGUUUUUGAGACUGUUUGGUCAAAGAUCGAGUCAACUAUUAUCGAUGUAUUGAGGGAUCUUAACACUAGUGUAUUUGACGAAAUAAAUCGGUGGAUUAAAGAGUCUUUUAAUACUAUCACAUCAUCUGGAACACCUAAUUUUAGUGAAGCAACUCAAUCUUUUCCUAUUGUGCAAGACAUUACUUCGAAACAGAUCUUUACUGGACUGGUUCUUACCAAGAAUAUGGAGUUUGUUGAUGAUCUACUUACGUUCCAGGAGCUUGGUGUUCAUUUAAAGUCUCAAGGAUGCCAUGUGGCGAAUCUCUCUUCAUUAGAUUUCUCGAUGAAAAAUGGUAUUGGUGGCUGUCUAAGAAGUUUAUUAAGACAGCUUGCAAUGGUUACCUUGGAUGCCCCUGAUAUGUCUAUCUUAGCAACCUGGUAUAGAGAACAAGGAAACUGCUGUACUCCUGUUGUUGUUAUUGUAGAUGAUUUGGAGCGAUGUUGUGGAUCUGUCUUAUCUGAUUUUAUUCUUAUGUUGAGUGAAUGGGUAUUAAAAAUUCCAGUGAUUUUAAUCAUGGGAGUGGCAACAACUCUAGAUGUGUUGAAAAAUAUACUUCCUUUAAAUAUGCUUCAUCAUUUGCGCCCUUGCAAAUUCAUUUUGGGUACCCCAUCCGAGAGAAUGGAUGCAAUUGUGGAGGCUGUCCUUGUGAAACAGUGUUCAGGUUUCCGUAUAAGUCACAAAGUAGCUACUAUUAUGAGAAAUUACUUUGUAAUCCAGGAUGGAACUGUAACAUCUUUUAUAAGAACUUUAAAGAUAGCAUGUGCUCAGCAUUUUUCUGUGGAACCCCUAAGCUUUUUGCUCCUAUGGUAUCUUCUUGAAGAGGACACUAAGGUAUUGCAGAGUGAAAAUUAUGGACUAUCGCCAGAAAAUAUGCUGAAGCGUGCUUUUGAGCUUCCAUCUUGUCUGAGAAAUAAGGUGGCUGAACAGAAUGGUGAUGCUUUGGUCCACGGGCUGUCAGAAUUGAAGAAAUUAUGCAGUCAGUGGAGUACCGUAGUUAUGUGUCUAUAUGAAGCAGGAAAACGUGAUAAUAUCCGACUGUUAGACUUAUUCUGCGAGGCCCUUGAUCCAGAGUCAGAUAUGUUACGGGCCAGCGGGUUACAGAAAGAUCCCACACUAUCCCCAAGAAGUCAAGAUAGGAAUAAAAGAAUUCUUGGUUUAAAAAAGGGUGGUUUUAUCAGUCAAGCACUACGCAAGGUUAGGGAUCUUCCAACAGUGCAGCUAUAUGAGUUGCUUAAAGGCUGGGAAACGCAUUCAGCUGAUGUCCCUCAGAUCCAUGACAAAGUGAAGGAGCUUUUAUCAACCUUGAAAUUUGACCAAGGCAAGAGUUUGAAACAAGAUGUGGUCGGUGUAUCCAAGAGAACUGCAUUGCGGAGCCAUUUGAAUUUUGAGGAUUCCAAAGUAGCAAAUGAGAAAACUGUAAGACUAGCAGAAUAUAUGGUUAGAAACCAUAUGAAGCCCAUUGAGUGCGUAGCUUUUCAUGAAAUUGUCUGCUUCAACAAUGUUGCCAGCCUUCAAACGGCUUUAAUUGGAGAUCCAAGAAGAAGGAUUCAAGUUGAUCUUUGGGAAUUUUGUAAUAUAAUCAAGUGCGGUUGUUGUGGCAGGAGCGGCAAUACCGUGCUGCCAUCGGUGCAUGAUUCCUCUAUUAUGUAUACUUUAGCUCAAGAGCACGGGGAUCUUAUUAAUCUUCACGACUGGUAUCAAUCCUUCAAGUCGGUAAUUCUUAGCUCCAGCAGUAAAGGGAAACCUCGGACAAAGCAUUCUCCAUCGCCAAAGAAAAGAAAAGUUACAACUGAACCUGUCAAACCAAGCGAAGCAUCAAUUCAAGCAAGGUUUUGCAAGGCAAUAACAGAGCUCCAGAUUACAGGACUUAUUCGAAUGCCUGGGAAAAGGCGGCCAGAUUAUGUCCAGAGAGUGGCCUUUGGAUUGUAGGAUGGUAGUAAGUAUUGAAGUAGUUCCUGCUUGCUUCAAUUGCUCCUUUACUUUUGGUAUGUUCUAUGGACCAAUUUGUGUAAUUAUUUACUUCAUGUCAAAGUAGCUAAAAUUAUUUAUAACAUAAUUUUUUUUAGCAAUUGCGUCGGUUGCCGACACUUUCUACC